GACCUUCGAAAUGUCAAUUUGUUCCGCGGCAUCCUAGCCACACAGUAAUCGGUAGAUUAUUAUUUGAAUGAAUUUAAAUCUAUUCUAAAAUUACUUUUUCCGUUAUAUAACAAUACUAAAGGUUUUGCACUUAUUCUUAACUACAAAGGAGCCACAUUGCAACUGUGCUAAUAAAGACAUUUUAAAAAAUGUAACAUAACCUAAGAGUGUACAGUGAAAUUGUCAUUCCGAUAAAAGUUUAAAGUAUAUUUGAUCCGAUUAGUUGUGUGUUAGUAAACUUGAACUAUGGACGCCGGAGGGGACAGAGUGUUGCAUUCAACCAAUGUAGCUGUGAUUCGGGAGGUCUACGACAGCGAAUACUCGCAACACAGUUUCUCCAUGGAACUGGAGAAGGCCUUGGACAGUAAAUGUUGUGUUAUAGUCAUUGAACCUAGUCAAUUGGGAGAUGAGACUGCCCGUUGGAUUAGUUUUGGAAAUUGUCUUCAUAAAACUGCUGUAAUUACUGGAGUAGCUUCAUUAGUAUCAGGUUUUAUGUGGAAAAGCAGUUUGACACCCCAAGCACAUCUCAGUAUAUUUUCUCUGCUGUGUACUGGCUUAUACACAGCAUCGUGGCAAUUUGAUCACUGUGUAAAAUAUCAAGUGGAGAGAGACCCCCGUAAAUUAGUGAGACUACCCAUUUUAGGAGCAAUCACAUCAGCAUCACCAGUUGUUCUUGUCAGAAAGGAUGACACAAGGAGGAAAAUUUUACAUUGUACUGUAUCGUUUGCGGCAGCAGCUUUUUGUAUAUACAAGUACUACAGAAUUAUCAAAUAAAAUGCCACUGAACAAUGCUACAAACUUAGUAGAUAUAGCAAUAAUGUGUUGUUAGUGAGAUACAUUGGCAUUUUUUAUAGAAUUUCUGAGAUGUUUGUAGAGUUUUAAUAGAAAAAACUUACACUGUGUUGAGUGAGACCCUGUAAAAGUAUUAUUUAAACAGCCUCUUGUAUCAUUGGUGUGUUUGUUUAUUAGAUCUGCAAGCCAAAAUGAAGUAUUAAGACCAGUGACAUUGUACAGUAAUGCAUUUAAAAGUUCUUGUCAUUCUCACUAAUAUAUACUGUGACCGCUACAACGAUUUUUUCGCAGUUUACCCACGCUUUUUAUUAUUAUUGUCUUGUGUUAUACACUAUUUAUUUAUUAUUUUGUUAUCUAAAUUAUUUGCAUUUACAGUCUCUGUUUUUGCUCCUUUUAUGUUAUUUUAAAGAAAACCGGACGUGUACCCCAUUGUUAAUAAAAAAAAUUAUUGGCUAGA